CUACUCGAUUUCCCUUAAUUCCGAUUUCGAUUCGUCUUCUCCAAUUCGCCUCCUUUUACUUCGCCUCUCUAAACACACUGUAGGGUUUCUAAUUCGGAUCUGUACUUUGUUUGCCCAUGGAUACUCGUAAGAGAGGACGGCCUGAAGCUGGCUCCUUCAACUCCAAUGGCGGCGGAUUCAAGAAGUCCAAGCCAGAGAUGGAAUCUGGUUUAGGAAGCAAAUCGAAGCCAUGCACUAAAUUUUUCAGCACUUCUGGCUGUCCUUUUGGUGAGAACUGCCACUUCCUGCAUUAUGUUCCUGGGGGAUACAAUCCUAUGGCGGCACAGAUGACAAACAUGGGAUCACCCAUGUCUCAAGUUUCCAGAAACAUGCAAGGACCUGGUGGUGGUGGGCGGUUUUCAGGGAGAGGAGAGUCUGGACCAGGCCAUGUCUCUAGCUUUGGUGCCUCAGCCACAGCUAAAAUCAGUGUGGAUGCUUCCUUGGCAGGUGCAAUCAUUGGAAAAGGUGGAGUCAGUUCGAAACAGAUAUGUCGCCAAACAGGAGCAAAGUUAUCGAUCCAAGACCACGAUAGAGAUCCAAACCUGAAGAACAUUGAGCUUGAAGGAACAUUUGAGCAGAUAAACGAAGCGAGUGCAAUGGUUAGAGAUCUCAUUGGGAGGCUUAAUUCUGCAUCUAGGAGACCACCUGGUGGCGGCGGUGGUGGUGGUGGUGGUGGUGGUGGGCUUGGUUCUGAAGGGAAGCCGCAUCCAGGGAGCAACUUCAAGACGAAGAUGUGUGAGAGAUUCUCGAAAGGAAGCUGUACGUUUGGUGAUAGAUGUCACUUUGCACACGGGGAAGCAGAGCUACGCAGGUCAUGAAUUGCGCCUAGUAGAGAGUUUACUGGCGAAAGAAGUCUCUUUAAUUUGUGGUGGUGAUUCCUUAUAUCAUCUUUUCACCUACUUGUUUUUUAGUUGUCUUUGUUCAUGAGAAUACAAUGUUAGAUUUCAUUUUCAUUUUAAGUGUUCUCUAUUUGGUUGUUUUUAGAAUCUAGUUUGAUUUGAGAUUGAAUGAUUGGCAAACCAGUGGUUAGGAUAUGUAUGCUGUCUUUACUUAAUAUUCCAUGUUUUCUCUGUUUGUUUAUUUGGUCAUCUGAAUAUCAUCAGAUUAAAACUUGCAA